UUGUUUAAAAUUUAUUAGAAAGUGAUGAAACGCUAUCAACCCCUUUAUUAGGUUAACGUAGUUUAAAACCCUAACAGGGUUUAAGCAAAGGGCGCCAAAGGCAUGGACGACAGUGACGAAGAAGGAGUUUUUAUUGAUGAAUCCGACAUCAUUGAUGAGUUCAUUGUUGACGAUGAAGACCUACCCGACAUUGACGACGACGAAGACGACGAUAAUGGCGAUGGCGAUGGCGAUGACGAUGACGAUGAUUCGGCUUCUUCCAUGGAUGAAUUGGAGGAACCUUGUGAUCACGGAGUAGAUGAUUCUGUACACGUUUUCAAAGGCCAUAAAAAAUUCGAAUCAAUAUACGCAUUAGCUUGUAGUCCAACAGAUGCUGCAUUAGUAGCUACUGGAGGUACAGAUCACAAAGCUUUUUAUUGGAGAAUUGGUCAAGGAGAUUUGUCCAAGAAACUUGUAGGUCAUAAAGAAACUGUUUCGAGUUUAGCAUUUAGCUCAGAUGGGUUAUUCUUGGCUUCUGGAGGACUUGAUGCUUCUGUUAAGAUAUGGGAUUUAUCAGGCAAUGUUAAGCGUUCAUUUGGAGGCCCUUCUGAGGGUUCUGAGUUUGAGUGGGUAAGAUGGCAUCCAAAUGGACAUUUAGUCUUGGCAGGUUGUACGGAUACAAAUGCUUACUUGUGGAACACUGAUAAAGACACCCUUCUCAAUGUGUUUUGUGGUCAUAGCAAAGCUGUGACUUGUGGGGAAUAUACACCAGAUGGCAAAACUUUCUGUACUGGUUCUGAAGAUGCCACUUUGAGGAUAUGGAAUCCAAGAAGUGGUGAAAGUAUCCGUGUUAUUCGAGACUAUCCAUAUCAUACUUCGGGGUUAACAUGCUUAGCAAUUACCUUGGACUCUACUCUUGCACUUACUGGUGCAGAAGAUGGCUCUUUUUGUGUAACUAACAUAGCAACGGGAAAGAUUUUUUCUUCUGUAUCUUUACAUUCGGAAUCUAUUCAAUGCAUUGGGUUAUCUCCAAGCGUACCUUGGGUAGCAACUGGAGGCAAUGAUAAAAAGCUUGUGAUUUGGGACCUGCAACAUUCCGCAUCUCGCAUUAUUUGCAAUCAUGAGGAUGAAGUAUCCUGCUUAAAAUGGCUUGGUACGUCAAGUUUGGUGGCUUCAGGAUGUGGUAAUGGGCAAAUCGUAGUUACAGACACCCGUUCAGGGGUGACUGUAAGGACCUUUAAGGGCCAUUCUAGACGCAUCGAGUCCCUCUCCGUAUCAGCAGACGACAACUUCCUUGUUUCAGCAUCAAAGGAUAGUGCAGCCAGGGUGUUUGACAUAUCAAUGUUCAAAUAGACAAUUAUGUAUUUCAUGGUCUGAUUAGUGCUUUAUUAUGUAUUAGUGAUUAGUGAUUUAUUUGUGUGAUAGAUACAUCUCAUUUAAUUUGGUGACCGGAACUGCUGGUUUCAUAGCAACUAGAUUAGAUCUUGUGCAUUCACAGAUAUUCUAAAAUUAUGUGAUUAUCUUUUUAUAUGUAGUAUAAUUGACCGAAAUAUUUCUCUUCCUAA